UGUUGUGAUAUUUAUUUUUAUAAAUUGUAAACAAAACAAAUCCUUCUAAAAUGUCCUUAAUGGAUAUGCAGCAUCAAUAUUGGGUGACCAAACAGACCGUCCUUCGUAAACUCGGCGGCAAAGAAGAUGAAUGCAUCGUCGCAUCAGACGCUGAAUUGGACGCAAAAUUAGAACUAUUUCGUUCAAUCGCCGAGAGCUGCUCGGUUUUACAAAGAGUACUUGAACAAUACCAGGAAAGGCUAUGUGUUCUAGCCCAGGAAGAGAAUUCUUUAGGGUAUUUUCUGAAAGAAGCCUCCAAAAGUCAUGAGAGUGUCGGGAAGCAUAUGUCUUCAUCAGGUAAAGCUUUAUGUUACCAAGGCCAGCAAAGGAUGCAACUGAGGGAUCCCCUCAUGAGAUUGCAUCAAGAAGUCGAUACCUUUAAAGCAAGAGCUGUCCAGGAUACUCGGAGUACUCUAGGUGCUAUGGAGAGGGCGAGAACUGAAUACAGGGCUGAUUUGAAAUGGAUGAAAGCUGUUAGUGCUCAACUAGAUCCUGAUACUGGACGUGGACUGGAAAAAUUUCGAAAGGCUCAGAAUCAAACCAGACAAUCCAAGAUCCGUUUUGACCGCCUGACUCUAGAUUGUUUAGAAAAAGUAGAUCUGCUUGCAGCAGCUCGCUGCAAUAUGUUCUCUCACGCCCUGAUACCCUAUCAAUCAUCUCUACUCACUUUUUUCUCAAAGUGCUCACAAACCUUACAUUCUGCAUUGAUAAGUUUGAAUUCAGAACCAAAAUAUGAUUUUUGUGUUUUGAAAGAAUUAAAAGAAACACCGGAGGAGACUGAAAUUGAGGAAAAGAGCGAUGAGAAGGAGAAAUUUGCUGAUGAUGAUCAGUUGCUGUUUUUCCAGGACGAAUACACAGAUGAAGUCAAAAACGAAACACCAAACAAUGGCAACAUAAAACAAUCUGAAAACCUUAUUAAUGAAAACUGCUUUUCGAAACAAGCUGAAGAUCUAUUGGGCAUCACAUCUGAUAUAAUUAACACAUCAAAUGAGACAAGUAUAAACUUUGAUUUACUUGGACUACUAGAAGGAAAACAAGAAGACCAAAAGUUACAACAUGAUAACAUGACUACUGAUUUUUUUGAGAGUCUACUAUCCACCAGUCCAGGAAAUCUCAUGGAUCCACCAAAUUCCGCCUCAGAUGAGUUGAAUGAUGAUAUUCUUUCUCGAAUUUUGUCCAAUUCAUCAAAUGCACCAAAUCAAUCAUCAGCAAAAUCCACAAAGCAUGAUCAAAAUAAACAGAAGACUUCUUCUAUGUCAAACUGGUUGAAACUGUUCUCGGAUUUGGAUCCUUUGUCCAAUCCAGACUCUUUAAUGGAAUCUUCAGAGUGCAGCCAUCGGACUUGAUGAGAAGGAUCACCUGAUUAUAAUUUGAAGAUAGAAAAUGUUAUUAAUAUUGAUUUUG